CUCUCUUUUUCUUCUUCUUCUUCUUUCUUCUCCCUUACUUCUUGCUUCUCGCUUCUUACUUUCCGCUUCUUACUUCCUACCUCAGCUUCUUGCUCAUUCAAAUAAACCCUUUAUCUUCUUACCUUCACAAUGGAGUACCGCUAUCUCGGAAAAAGUGGCCUCAUGGUCUCGUGCUUGUCUCUUGGAGGCUGGGUCACCUACGGUGGUCAAGUUGGCCCAGAGACCGCUCAGCAGUGCAUGAAGACCGCUUUUGAUCUGGGCAUCAACUUUUUCGACACUGCCGAGGUCUAUUCCGGCGGCCAAUGCGAGAUCGAUAUGGGAGUUGCUAUCCGCAAGUUUGGUUGGAAGCGUUCGGAUCUGGUGAUCUCCACAAAGUUAUUCUGGGGCGGCAAGGGUCCUAAUGAUCGUGGACUCUCCCGCAAACAUAUUGUCGAGGGCACAAAUGCGUCGUUGAAGCGUCUGCAGCUUGACUAUGUUGAUCUCUUGUACGCACAUCGCCCCGAUCCCGAUACGCCCAUGGAGGAGAUUGUCCGUGCGUUCAACCAUGUCAUCGACCAGGGCAAGGCCUUUUACUGGGGUACCUCCGAAUGGAGCGCCCAGCAGAUCACAGAGGCUCAUGCUGUUGCCAGCCGUUUGAACCUGAUCGCACCUUUGAUGGAACAACCCCAGUACAACAUGUUCCAUCGCGACCGCGUUGAAAAGGAGUAUCUCCCCAUGUUCAAGAACUUUGGCAUGGGCUCGACGAUCUGGUCUCCUCUUGCCUCGGGUCUGCUCUCUGGCAAGUACAACGAUGGAAUCCCCUCAGACAGUCGUCUGGCGAUUCAGGAUAACGCGGUCAUGAAGCGUCUCCGCGACGGACUCGAGACCGAGGAUGGUCGUGCCAAGCUCGCCAAGGUCAUCAAGCUGGGCGAGAUUGCCAAGCAAUUGGGCUGCACGACCUCGCAGCUGGCCUUGGCCUGGUGUCUGAAGAACCCCAACAUCUCGUCCGUGAUCACUGGUGCAUCGAAGCCCUCGCAGAUCGAGGAGAACGUCAAGUCGUUGCAGGUCGUACCUCUGUUGACGGAGGAGGUGAUGCAGAGCAUUGAGGAGGCUCUGUCGAACAAGCCUGCGGCAGAGUAUAACUACAGAUCUUCGUAGAUCCGCGCCCUCUUUCUCUAAACCCUUUUUGCUGUUCAGGAAAUGUAAUAAAAAAUAUAGAUCUGCAUCAGUG